AGAACCAAGGUGGGCUAUAAAUGACAGAAACCAGACCCUUUCUGUCGGUUGGUUCCUGUCAAGGUGCUGAAGUUCCCGUGGAGCCCCUAUGAGAAACCGAGGUGAAGGCGGGUGCUUCCUUCUCCCCCUCCAGCUUCCCGGCAGAAGUAAGACGAUGGGGUCCAUCCAGGUGCAUGUUUGCUGUUUCCUAGGCCUCUGGGCAAUCGUGCUAGCCCAGGAACCAGAAUACAGCUAUGGAUGUGCGGAGGGGAGCUGCUAUCCAGCCACAGGAGACUUGCUGAUUGGCCGGCAUGACAGAUUAUCAGCCAGUUCCACCUGUGGGCUCCAAAAGCCUGAACCCUACUGCAUUGUGAGCCACCUCCAGGAAGACAAGAAAUGUUUCAUGUGCGAUUCACUGGACCCAUUCCAUGAAACUCUGAACCCUGAUAGCCAUCGCAUUGAAAAUGUGGUCACUACCUUUGCUCCAAACCGGCUCAAGCUGUGGUGGCAAUCAGAAACGGGAGUAGAAAAUGUAACUAUCCAGUUGGAUCUGGAAGCUGAAUUCCAUUUCACUCAUCUCAUAAUGACCUUCAAGACAUUUCGUCCUGCUGCUAUGUUGAUAGAAAGAUCUUCAGAUUUUGGGAAAACUUGGCAAGUAUACAGGUACUUUGCCUAUGACUGUGAGAAUUCAUUCCCAGGUGUUUCCAUUGGACCAAUGAAGAAAGUAGAUGACAUCAUUUGUGAUUCACGAUAUUCCGAUAUUGAACCUUCAAGUGAAGGAGAGGUGAUUUUUCGUGUUCUGGAUCCUGCUUUUAGAAUAGAGGACCCAUAUAGUCCGAGGAUUCAAAAUAUGUUGAAGAUCACAAAUUUAAGAGUCAGAUUUACUAAGCUUCAUACAUUGGGAGACAACCUUCUUGAUUCCAGAAUGGAAAUCAGAGAAAAAUAUUAUUAUGCCAUCUAUGAUAUGGUGGUCCGUGGGAACUGCUUCUGUUAUGGGCACGCUAGUGAGUGUGCACCAGUGCAUGGAUAUCAUGAAGAGGUGGAAGGCAAGGUUCACGGUCACUGCAUGUGCAGGCACAACACCAAGGGCCUAAACUGUGAACAGUGCUUGGACUUCUACCAUGAUUUUCCAUGGAGACCUGCAGAAGGCCGUAAUAGUAAUGCAUGCAAAAAAUGUAAUUGCAAUGAACAUUCCGCACAGUGCCAUUUUGAUAUGGCUGUUUAUAUAGCAACGGGGAACACCAGUGGUGGGGUGUGUGACGACUGUCAGCAUAAUACAGUGGGACGUAACUGCGAACAGUGCAAACCAUUCUACUUCCAGCAUCCAGAAAGAGAUAUUCGGGACCCCAACAUUUGUGAGCCAUGCAGCUGCGAUCCGGCUGGCUCCCAGGAUGGUGGAGUGUGUGAUCGCUACACUGACUUCUCAGCAGGCCUGAUCGCUGGGCAGUGCCGCUGUAAAUUAUUUGUAGAAGGAGAACGCUGUGAUUUCUGCAAAGAAGGCUUCUAUGGAAUAAGUGCAGAUAAUCCUUUUGGUUGUCAGUCCUGUGCAUGCAAUCCCUUGGGUACCCUCCCUGGAGGGAAUCCUUGUGACUCAGAGACAGGAAACUGCUACUGUAAACGUCUUGUUACAGGAAGGCAUUGUGACCAGUGUCUGCCUGAACAUUGGGGGCUGAGCAAUAAUAUGGAAGGGUGCCAACCAUGUGAUUGUGAUCAAGGAGGAGCACUGAACAAUAACUGCUCGAGUGAAUCUGGUCAGUGCCAGUGCAGGCCCCAUAUGAUUGGGCGUCAGUGCAAUGAAGUGGAACCAGGGUUUUUUUUCAUUUCGUUAGAUCAUUAUGUCUAUGAGGCAGAGGAAGCUAUCUUUGGCCCAGGAGUGAGUAUAGUUGAGCGUCAGUACUCUGAGGAGCAUAUACCUUCUUGGACUGGAAUAGGAUUUGUAAGAGUUCCUGAAGGAGCAUACUUGGAAUUCUACAUUGAUAAUAUCCCAUAUUCUAUGGAAUAUGAAGUUCUGAUUCGGUAUGAACCACAGUUACCAGAACAAUGGGACAGAGCGGUUAUCACCGUGUAUCGCCCAGGCAGGAUUUCUACUAGUAGCCGAUGUGGCAAUACAAUUCCCGAUGAUGAUAAGCAAGAGGUAUCUUUAUCUCCAGGUUCAAGAUACGUCGUCCUUUCACGGCCAAUAUGCUUCGAAAAGGGACUCAAUUACACUGUUCGCUUGGAACUGCCAGAGUAUUCUGCAAAUGCAGAGGUGGAAAAUCCAUACACGCUCAUCGAUUCGCUUGUCCUCAUGCCAUUUUGCAAAUCACUGGACUUAUUCACAGUUGGAGGCAGAGGUGAUGAUGUGACAACAAACAGUGCCUGGGAAACAUUCCAAAGAUAUCGGUGCUUGGAGAACAGCAGGAGUGUUGUUAAAACACCUAUGACAGAUGUUUGCAGGAAUAUAAUUUUUAGCAUCUCGGCUCUGAUGCAUGAGACAGCAUUAGCUUGUGAGUGUGACCCGCAAGGCUCCUUAAGUUCGGUGUGCGAUCCUCAUGGAGGCCAUUGCCAAUGUCGGCCAAAUGUUGUUGGAAGAAGAUGCGACAAAUGUGCUCCUGGCACUUUUGGAUUUGGGCCCAGUGGAUGCAAACCUUGUGAAUGUCAUGUGCAAGCUUCGGUUAAUGCUUUCUGCCACCCGGAGACUGGACAGUGCCAUUGUUUCCAUGGAAUAUACGGCCGCCAAUGUGACAGAUGCUUGCCUGGGUACUGGGGUUUUCCAAACUGCCAGCCCUGCCAGUGUAAUGGGCAUGCAGAUGAAUGUGACCCCUACAGUGGACAGUGUUUGAAUUGUCGUGAUCAUACCUCUGGCCAUAACUGUGAAAGAUGCCUUGGUGGUUAUUAUGGAGAUCCUGUCCUGGGAUCUGGGGAUCACUGCCGGCCUUGCCCUUGCCCAGAUGGACCGGAAAGUGGUCGUCAGUUUGCCAGUGGCUGUUAUCAAGACCGUACUACACUACAGGUGGUGUGUGUCUGUGAAAGUGGAUACAAAGGGAGCAGAUGUGAUGAAUGCGCUUCCAGUUUCUUUGGAAACCCUGAAGAGGUUGGUGGGACUUGCCAGCCCUGCCAGUGCAGCAACAACAUUGACUCAACUGAUCCAGAGGCUUGUGACAAGAAGACAGGAUUGUGCCUGAAGUGCUUGUAUCACACAGAGGGUGAACACUGCCAGCUGUGUAAACAUGGUUAUUACGGACGUGCUCUUCAGCAGGAUUGUCGAAAGUGUGUCUGCAAUUACUUGGGAACCGUGCGCGAGCGCUGCGACGGCUCUGAAGACUGUGAGUGUGAGAAAGAAACAGGGCAAUGCCAGUGCCUUCCUAAUGUGGUUGGUCAGAGCUGUGACCACUGUGCUCCAAACACCUGGAAGUUGGCCAGCGGAAGCGGGUGUGAACCCUGUGGCUGUGAUGUAGAACGGUCCUUCGGCUCCUCUUGUAAUGAGUUUACAGGGCAAUGCCAAUGCAUGCCAGGGUUUGGAGGACGCACCUGUAAUGAAUGCCAGGAGUUUUUCUGGGGUGAUCCUGGAGUGGACUGCCAAGCUUGUGACUGUGACCUGCGGGGUGUUCAGACCCCACAGUGCAACCGCACAACCGGCCAGUGUAUUUGUCGCGAGGGAGUCGAAGGAGCCCGUUGUGAUAAGUGCACCCGGGGCUACUCUGGCACUUUCCCAGACUGUGUACCUUGUCACCAGUGUUUUGCUCUCUGGGAUGUCAUCAUUAGUGAGUUGACUAAUCGGACACAGAGAUUCCUUGAAAGAGCAAAAGCUUUGAAAAUCACAGGGGUCAGCGGUCCUUACCAGAAAACUCUAAAUUCUGUGGAAGAAACACUAAAUGAAAUCAAAAGUAUUGUUGCUCAAAAUCCUGCUGCCGAACCUCUUCGGAACAUUGGAAAUUUGAUGGAGGAGGCUGAGAAACUGAAAGCAGAUGUUGCAGAGAAGAUAGCAGAAUUAGAAGAGACGGUAUCCAAGGUGGCAACAGAAAGCAAUCACACGGACACCCAGCUCAGUGCGCUAGAGGCAGAUGCAAAGAGCCUCGACAGCGUUGUGAAAGAACUGGCAGAGCAACUGGAGUUCAUAAAAAUCUCUGAUAUCCAGGGAGCCUUGGACAGCAUCACCAAAUAUUUUGAAAUGUCCCUGGAUGCAGAAAAGAGAGCCAAUGCCUCAGUUUUUCUUCCAGGAAGUGUAGUAGAGCAAUCAGCCGAAAUGCGGCUAGAAGUGGAGAGUCUGAUCAAUGAGACAGAGACGGAGUUCAAGAGUAAGCAAGAAGAGCAGUCACGCCUCUUGGAUGAACUGGCAGGCAAAUUGCAGAGCCUGGAUCUUGCAGAAGUGGCUGAGAAGACCUGCGGAACUUCCCCUGGGGCUUCCUGCACCGAUUCAGAAUGUGGUGGUCUCAGCUGUCGAACAGAGGAUGGGAAGAUGAAAUGCGGAGGGCCGGGUUGUGAUGGACUGGUUACUGUGGCCCACAAUGCCUGGCAGAAGGCAAUGGAUUUUGACAGAGAGAUACUCAGCGCUUUGGCCGAAGUUGACCAGCUCUCCAAAAUGGUCUCGGAAGCAAAAGAGAGAGCAGAUGAAGCAAAACAGAAUGCGCGAGACGUGCUGUUAAAAACCAAUGCCACUAAGGAGCAAGUGGACAGGAGCAACCAGGAUCUGAGGAACCUGAUUAAGCAGAUCAGGGAAUUUCUCAUGAAAGACAGCGCAGACCUGGAUAGCAUUGAGGCCGUUGCUAAUGAAGUGCUCAGCAUGGAGAUGCCCAGCACCCCUGAGCAGUUGCAAACCUUGACGGACAGCAUUCGUGAGCGGGUAGAGAGCCUGUCUGACGUGGAGGCUGUCCUCGAGCAGAGUGCUGGAGAUAUAGCAAGGGCAAAGUCGCUGCUGGAUGAAGCGAAAAAGGCCAGUAAAAGUGCAACAGAUGUUAAGGUCACUGCAGACAUGGUGAAAGAGGCGCUGGAAGAAGCUGAAAAAGUCCAAAAUGCAGCUGAAAAGGCCAUUAAACUAGCAGAUGAAGAUAUCCAAGGAACACAAAACUUGCUUACUUCUAUUGAAUCUGAAACGACAGCAUCAGAAGAAACUCUGAACAAUGCCACCCUUCGCAUUGCUGAAUUAGAAAGGAAUGUGGAAGUGCUUAGACAGAAGGCUGCUACAAACACAGGGGACAUUAGAGAAACUGAAGAAACUAUUGCUGCAGUCAAUCAAACCACUGCUGACAUUAAAAAGGUGCUGAAUGAUGAUGUGAAUGACAAGUAUAAAACGGUAGAAAGCUUAAUUGCUCAAAAAACAGGAGAGUCUGCAAAUGCUAGGAAGAAAGCAGAAGCACUACAGAGCGAAGCUAGAAAACUGUUGGAGCAAGCGAACAGCAAACUUCAGCUUCUCAGAGAAUUGGAAAACACCUAUGAGAGGAACCAAAGAAUCCUAGAAGACAAAGCAAAGCAAGUGGCGCAGUUGGAGGAAACUGUCCGUGGCCUUCUGCAGGCCAUCAGCCAAAAGGUGGCCGUUUACAGCACUUGCUAGUUGGAAAUAAGAACAAUU